AUGCACUUCCUCCGCGUCGUCACCGUCACGCUUCUCGCGUUUGUUGGCAUCGCCCUCGCAGCGCACGAAGUGGAGAGGGAGAUGACCAAUGCCCAGCGUUUGGCUCGCGGUCUGCCUCCGGCGAAGCCCCAGAGACUCGUUAGAGCUGGACCGAGAGCACCAGCUGCGUCUCUGAAGUGUAGUUGA